ACGAACAACAUGGCAUUUUCCAUGCGUUUUACGAUACUAGUUUUAACUAUUUGCUCACUAUCAGAGCAGACUCCGAAAAAACACAAUGGUCAUUUUCCGAAACAUUUUUUAUUGGGAGCAGGAACGUCAGCAUAUCAAGUAGAAGGGGCAUGGAACUUGGAUGGAAAAGGCCCCAGUAUUUGGGAUGAAUUCGCCCAUAAGCACCCGGAACGUAUAAUAGACCACUCAAAUGCCGAUGUGACGAUCGACACUUAUCACAGAUACAAAGAAGAUAUAGCUUUAGCUUCAUCUUUAGGCAUAAAAUUAUUCAGAUUCUCUUUUUCUUGGCCCAGGAUUUUCCCCAACGGUUACAACACCACCAUCAACCCACAUGGUGUCAAAUUUUACAAAAACUUUAUUAGAGAAAUACUGAAGUAUGAUAUGAUCCCUGUAGGGACUAUCUAUCAUUGGGAUCUACCGUUGCAAUUGUACAAUGAUGGCAUCGAUUGGAACCACCCCGGAAUUGUUAAUCACAUUGUUGAUUACGCCAGAUAUGUUAUCAAAACUUUUCCCGAAGUCGGCAUAUGGGUUUCUAUUAACGAACCUCACACGUUGUGUCAUUUAGGAUAUAGCAUAGGAGUACUAGCUCCUGGUAUAAAAGGGGAUGGAAAACAGGAAUACAUGUGUGCCUACUUAACUCUCAAAUCAAUCGGCGCAAUUUACCGCAUGUAUAAGAAAGAAUUUCCUCAUUACAAAGCAAAAAUGGCGCCAGCAUUAGAUUGCCAAUGGAUCGAACCCAAGUCUAAUUCUAAGGAAGAUGAAGAGGCAGCUAAUAGACAAAGAGAAUUCAAAUGUGGAAUGUACUAUCAUCCUAUAUUCAUUGGCGAUUGGCCUCCCAUAGUCAAAGAGAGGAUUGAAAGCAGACGUUUAAAGGCACAUAUAAAGGAACCUCGUUUGCCAAAAUUCACGCCGGAGGAAAUCGAAUACAUAAAAGGCAGUGCCGAUUUCAUUGGACUUAACCAUUACUACACGGCUUUGGCGGAAGAUUUAAAAGAAAGCGACCCGAAUGUAAUGAGUUAUGGAAACGAUGUCGGGACUGUAAAUUCAUUCAAACCGUCUUGGAUUGUAGAAAAUAAUGGACUGUUCUCGAUCGUGCCCGAUGGAGUUCGAAAAGUGUUGAACUGGAUAAAGAAAAAUUACGGAGAUCACGAGAUAUUAAUAACUGAACUCGGCGUGACUGAAGAUGGUAGUUCACUAAACGAUAACAUUAGAAUCGAUUUCUUCACUGACUACAUAUGCAAUAUAUUAUCUGCAGUAUACGAAGACGAGGUUAAUGUGACAGGAGUAAUAGCUUGGAGCCUUAUGGACAGUUUCGAAUGGUCUAAUGGUUACAAAAGCCAUUUUGGAUUCUACAACAUCAACAUAACAGAUCCUAAUAAAACAAGAAAACCCAAGAAAUCUGCGAAAUUUUUUAGAGAUUUGUCGCAAACCAGGAAACUAACUUGUGACAAACCGAAUCGCGACUGGCCAGGACCAUUCUAA